AUGAGUCGGCCUAGCGCGCGUGUUAUUCUCCUCCUCGCUCUUCUCGCCGCUGCUGUUGCCGCCAACGCCAAAGCUAUCCCAGUAACGUGUGCGUCGGUGCGCUGUACCGCCAACUCUCGCUGCGUGAAGCACACCAACGGCUCUCUGUCGUGCGAGUGCAACACCGGCUUCUUCAAGUCGCAGGACAAAUGCCUCUCCACGUGCGCGACGGUGCGGUGUGCGACCAACCGAGUGUGCGAGGUGGACGACGAUGGUUCAGCCACGUGUAGGUGCAAGCCGCCCUACUACGUCGUCGGUUCCGAAUGCAAAGACCUGUGCAUGACCACCAAGUGUCCGGGCGGCAGCACAUGCAAGGUGGUGAGCGGCAAGGUGAAGUGCGUGUGCCCCAAGGGGCAAGUGAUGUCAGGCAACAAGUGCGUCAAGCAGACCGGCGGGGGCGGCGGUAACAACGACCCCUGUGCAUCAGCGCGCUGUGCUGCACCCUCCGUGUGUAAGGCUGUCAACGGCACGGCCGUGUGCUCCUGCUCGCCCCCGCUGGUCAAGCGCAGAAACAAAUGCAUUGACCUGUGCGCUAAUGUGAAGUGCCCCACCAACGCAGUGUGCAAGCCCGCGGACUUCCGCGGAACGUGCUUCUGCAAGGAGCCUUAUGCCAUGCGCAAGGGCAAGUGCGUCAAGCCCUGA